CUCUUAGAUGCUCUUUUCCCUUAUCUUUCUGCAUAUCCAAAACCCAACGCUCACUCUCUCUCUCUCUCUCCCUCUCUAAGUUUUGCUUAAUCUAAAGCAUCCCAGCUCAAAUACCCAAGAAUUUGUGACAUGGGUUUGGUUAGUUUUGCACUUUUUAGUUCACCAUGAACGAGGAAGGCAGGAGAGAUUGGAGAGUGAUUACUGUUUAGUGGCAUUGAAACUUGAAGUUCUUGUCUCUGUUUUUGUUUAAAGGAAUGAACUAUUUUCUGUAAAAGGACAAGUUGGAAGAUGAACACCAGAGUGAGGACAAGGCUGCAGUCUAUGAAGCCACCUGAGAAGAAUAAAAAUGAAAAGGUUUCAAUGCAAGGGACUAAGAUUACAGAUACCAGAAAAGUAAUCAGCAAUGGAAGAGCUUCGAGCAGAGAGAGAAAAUUGGCUUUACAACAAGACGUUGAUAAGUUGAAGAAGAAGCUCAGACAUGAAGAGAAUGUACACAGAGCUUUGCAGAGGGCAUUUACAAGACCCUUAGGAGCUCUUCCUCGUCUUCCUCCUUAUCUGCCUCCUUAUACAUUAGAGCUUCUAGCAGAAGUGGCGGUUUUGGAAGAGGAGGUGGUUCAGCUCGAAGAACAGGUAGUGCAUUUUAGGAAGGACUUGUAUCAGGAAGCUGUAUACAUUUCAACCUCCAAGAGGAAAAUGGAAACAUCCUCAGCUGUUUCAUCUGAUUCGUACCCGAUAAAGAAUCCCAAAUUUCAAUCUCAAGGGGGAAACAAUUCUACCAAUUCCACUGAAAAGGAUUGUCCAUCCUCUUACGUUUCAGAUGAUAAGCAGGGAAAAGAGAACCAAUCAUAUAAUAAUUCUACGAAGAGCAAUGAGAGAGCCUUGAUCCAUAAAGGUCAGGUUAGGACUCCAGCGAAGAGACCUCCAAUCGAUCACAGAGCUGCAGAUAAGAGUUUAGGGCCUCAGAAACUACAGUUUGAAACUAGAACUGCGGAUCAAGAAAGUGCGCAAGCAAGACUUCCUAGUAUGCCGGAUAAGGAGUUGUCAGGAGAUAACAGUCCUAACAAAAUUUCAGAAAAUAUUAUCAAUUGCUUAUCAAGCAUUCUCAUGAGAAUGAGUUCAGUUAAGAAUUCGGGUCCUGCAGAAAAUUGGGAUCCUUAUGAUAUUUGUUUGGAAUUUGGACAAAGAGAUAUCGGUCCAUAUAAGCAAUUACACGCAAUUGAAGCUCGGAAUAUUAAUCCAAACCAAACAGCAAAUGCUUUGUUCCUACUCCGCAGAUUGAAACUACUGCUACGGAAACUUGCUUCUGUAAAUUUACAAAGCCUCAAUCAUCAGGAGAAGCUUGCCUUCUGGAUCAAUAUAUACAACUCCUGCAUGAUGAAUGCCUUCCUCGAGCACGGCAUACCUGAGAGUCCCGAGAUAAUUGUUGCCCUAAUGCAGAAGGCGACAAUAAAUGUUGGGGGACACAUACUGAAUGCAAUAACGAUUGAACAUUUCAUCUUGAGAUUGCCUUUUCACUCAAAAUAUACCUUCUCCAAGGGUACAAAAAAUGAUGAGAUGACGGCAAGAAAUACUUUCGGAUUGGAAUUAUCCGAACCAUUGGUAACGUUUGCGCUAUCAUGUGGCAGCUGGUCCUCCCCUUCUGUGAGAGUGUACACUGCAUCCCAAGUUGAAAAUGAACUGGAAGUUGCAAAAAGAGAGUACCUACAAGCUGCAGUUGGAAUUUCAUCACAUAGGUUUGCAAUUCCAAAGAUUUUGGAUUGGUAUUUACCUGAUUUUGCUAAGGAUUUGGAGUCAUUGCUUGAUUGGAUCUGCCUUCAGCUCCCAAGUGAACUAGGAAAAGAGGCACUUAAGCUUCUUGAAAGAGGUAAAAAUGAGCCUCUUUUACAAUUUGUCCAAGUAAUGCCGUAUGAGUUUAAUUUUAGGUACCUUCUAUGCACAUGAUCCAUCUUUUGGCUCUGCAAAUUAUUGUUCACAUCAUUGUAAGGGUUUUGGGGUUUAUGAUUUUGUACAUAGAUAUAGACAUAUAUGCAAAUUACAUGUAUAAUACAUGCUCUCUUGUAACUUGUGAGUAAUAAUGAGAGAAAUGCGUCGAGUUUGAAAGCA